CCUCUGAAUGGCAAUUCUCAUUGUCCUGCCUGAUGUCUUCAGGUCUAAACGUGGUUUCUGGUCUCUCCGCAAUCCGCACAAACCACAUUGAAGUGUAAAUACCUAACAGCUGAAGAAUCUGAAUCUGCGCUCCAUAUACAAUGCCUCCUCCAAAGACAAAAGUGGUUGUUCCCACCAAAGGUCCCUUGCACUCCUACAUAAUUGAUUGCUCAGCUCCAGCAAAGGAUGGCAUUCUCAACUCGGUUGACUUUAAACGGUACUUGGAUCAGAACUUCAAAGUCAAUGGCAAGAGACACAACCUGGAGAACAUCACAUUAGGAUUAAAUGAAGAAGCCCACACAAUUUCUGUUGAGUCAACCAUACCAAUCACAAAAAAGUACGUUAAAUACCUGACACAAAAAUAUCUGUGUAAACACCACAUGCGGGACUGGGUUCGAGUCCUCUCGACUGGCCACAACAGUAGCACCUACGUCCUCAAGUACUACAAGAUACUUAACGAUGACGACGACGGAGACGAGAGCGAUUAAACCGUACUGUUGUAUUUGG